ACCGCUUGCAGGGUGAUGGUUGGUAUUUUUAAAUUCUAAGUAGCUGACCUGCGUUUAACGUACGAGCUUCGCAUCUGACUGCGCUCCAGUCACCGUUAAGGUAGUUAAUCUGAUAGAUCAUAUCCCUGACUACUUGUGUCAAAGUGAUUGCUACAUACCUAGGUACCUAGGUAAUGCUUGGUUUUUUACGCCCUGGAAAAAGUCUCCACGCUUCGUCAUCGGUACCGCCAUGGCAGUGUCACAGCGCGUGUUUGUUGUGAGGGGAAGUUUGCAUGAUUUAUACCCCUACCCUGGAUCACACCUGUGACGUUGGGGCCAACCAGCUGGUGACAUCAUGCUUCGACCUGUGACAGGGCAUGUUCCGAGUUUAAAUACAGCUUCACCUUCCAGCAUUGAUACCCCGCAGACCUCAUCUAUCAAGAACCUGACUUUAGAUACCCGCUCACAAUGGCAACUGCUGAUACCGUCGAUCUGGGCCCAGCCCAUCCUCCCAAGGAGGACUCCAUCAUUGUCUUCUCAGAGAUCCUCCCGGAGCUCAAGAAGUCGCUGGUCCAUCUCCGCCAUGAUUACAACAAGCAUGAGCCUGAGUACUUUGCCGCUGUGGAACACCUCAGCAACACUGACUUGGUCGGUUUCACAGUCGAAAACGUCGAGGCCGUCCGUGUCGCCACGUCCGCGUACGGCAUUCACCUCUUCGCCAAGCUCCGCAUCCCCGCGAUGCCUGCUGACGGCCCGGCCUACGUCCACUUCCGCGCCUUUACUGCGGGCAGCGAUGAGCCUCCGAAGCUUCACAGCAUCCACACGGAGGAAAAGGACGAGCCGGAUGGCGGCAAGACAUACCGCGCCAUCUUCACCAAUGCCGACGAGCUGGAGUGGUUUGACACUUGAAAUCCGUACUUGUUCUUUUUCUAUUCGCGACUCGCGAGGCACCAUCUAUCU